AAAUUUGGUUAAUUACGACAAAUAUCACCCUACAUGACGUCACUUCCGUAUUUUUAUGUUUUCAAAAUGUCCGCCACUUUCAAAAUUUUAAAAUUUUGAAAAAUAUUGAAAUUUUCAAAUUUUACUGAAUAAAUAGAGCUAUAAAGACAAGUCAUUCAUGCAGUAUGAUGUCUAAAGACAAGUUUUUAGUUGUGGUGUCUGUUCUUGAAGGUAAGAGAUUUCCCAAGAGGCUUAGGCAUGAGCUAAUCGCAGAAGCAAGAUUUGACGGAGAGCUUCUUGCCACAGACCCAGUGGCCCAUUCUCAGACCCCUGACUUUACACAGGAGCUAGCUUGGGAACUGGAUAAAAGAGGGCUCCACCAACACAAACUACAAAGGUCUUCAAUCAAAGUGCAAUGCUAUGCUGUGGACACCCAAAGUACAAUGAAGGAACUUGUAGGCUAUGUCAUGCUAGAUAUACGAUCAGCGCAAACUAAACAGACGACAAAGUGGUACCCACUGUUGAACUCAAAGUAUAGCAAAAACAAGCCAGAGUUGAAGGUUGGCGUCUACAUAGAUAAUGACGUGAUCUCGCAACAGACAUUCAAAGCAAAGGACGCACCUGCUAGAAGAGGGGAAGCUCCUGCUCUAGACUCUCCAUUAACAGAGAGGAGUGAAGUGAACCCACAUAGUUUGAAGCCUGUGUUGAACGAGACAGAAGGAUGGUACCAGAUUGGCCCAGAGCACAAAUGCACGGACCAGUUCAUUCUGUCGGUUACUGUGGCAUUUGCGGCCAAUCUAACACAGCUUGUACCAAGUAACUUCCUACUUCCUGCCAAUGCAAAUGGAUACUUUUUCUAUUACUCCUUAUUUGGUAAUGAUGUUAGUAAUGAACCAUUUAAAGAUUUGAUGACUCCAAACUUUGCUGCUGAGCGUGCCUCCGUUAGACUUAGAAGCAGCAUUGAUGCUCUGAUGGUGUUUCUGUCCACACAACCAGGCCUUGAGCUGCAUUUAUGCUGUGGGGACCAAUCUCUAGGGAGCAGUAAAAUACCACUGAAUUCGCUAUUGAAAAAGGGGAGCACAGAGAUAUAUAUGAAACCUGUCUCAAUCGAAGGUGCUUUUGAGUUGAUACCUCCAAAUAGACAUAGAGAGCAAUUAACACCUGUUCCAGAAGAACUGCAACCAAUCGUUGGGAUAUCUAUUGUUCUCAAGAAAGAAGAGCAGGGAAUUUCAACGCCAAUUAAAAGCAUGAUUCCAAAUAUGGAAAUGCCAUCUCAACCCAGACAAUAUCAAUCCCCACCUGAAAAACUUCCCAAAACACACCAAAAUGAAAAUAAGCCAUCAGAAGUUAAAAAGACCCCUCCAAAGGACCAGUCCAAGCUUAAACAUCCUGAAGAAAUCUUAUCGAAAUCAGCUGAGAGUUAUACGGAAAGUUUUGAGGAGGAAAAAACAGACCAAGAUAUCAGUAAUAUUUCAGUAGAACAGCGAAAAGAAGAUGGUGCUAAAACAAAGAAAUCUCCAAGUGAUAAAACUAAAACAUCAGAAAAGAUGUCACCAGGAGUGAGAGCUGUUUCUCUCCCUCCAGACCCCACCCCCUCCACUGAGAGUAGCACCACCCAGGCACAUAUAGCAGUUCCUCAGCAAAACCACCAUUUCUGUUUUUCUAUUGAUCUUCGUAGUAUUCGGGAUUUUGAUACAAAAACUUACGUCAAUGUGUUUUUAAGGUAUGCUUAUCCAUUUUUUGGAAGUGCAGCUCCAAUUCUUACUCAGCCAGCUGUCGAGGUGAGGAGAGGCACAGAAGUUUUGCUCCCUCAGUCUUUCUGUGCUUUUAACUUUGCUACCACACCGCAACAGUUGUUCGACACAAUCGUCAGUGUACCUUUAGUUGUUGAAGUUUGGGACAGAGAUCGUCAGAAGGCACAAGACACCAUCCUCGGAGUUGUAAAACUUCCACUUACUCAUAUAUUCCAGUCGGAAAAAACUCGUAUUGUUAAAGAAGAUGGCACCACAGGUAUGCGACAGACAUUUACAGAUCAUCUCCCAAUAAUAUCAGCUGACGGACAAUUACGCAAACUUGGGGAAAUCUUUGUACUACUUAGUCUGGAAGAUUUAGGUCCUAUUAACUUACAGCGUGUGGCCGUAGGCGAGGACACAUCACAGAGUGAGGCAACAACGAUAGGUGCCCCACCUCCAAGACAACAUGCCCCACCCCCAGUCCAGAGUGACCCACCCCAAGGUCAGAGUGCCCCACCCCUAGAACCAAGGGAGACCCAGGAAUAUCAAGCUGCAAUGGAACUUGAAAUGUGGAAGCAUGCUCAAGAAACUGUCUUUGAAAAACAGCUACGUAAUAAAGAAGAAACAUACAUGAAGACACUGGCUGAGGAGUGGAAAAGAAGGGAUAUGGAUCGGGAAAUCAUCAUGAAAAAGAAAUUGCAAGAAUAUAGCGAACUUGAGAAACAACUGCGUUCCACAUUGGCAGACGUGGACAGAAGAGAUAAACAACUUGCCGCAAAUGAACAGGAAGUGAUGCGUUUACGUGUGGAUCUCCAACGAGAACAUGAGCGUAAGUUAGUCGAGACACGAGAAGCUUCGAGAAGAAUGAAGGAAGAUUGUGAGCACCAGGUGGCGCUAGAGAGGUCAAAAGUUAGUGACCUCGAGCACCAAAUAACGCAACACAAAGACCAGAUAUCAGAAUGGGAGAAAAAGUAUCAAAAAUUAGACACAGAUUUUAUCACAUACAAAGAACAGCAGAGUAGUAAACCAGAAGUGAGACUUCAAUCAGAGAUCAGCCUGCUCUCCUUAGAAAAGGCUGAGCUAGAAAGAAGUCUUGAUUCAGUUACCAAAUCUAAGAUACAUUACAAGCAACAAUGGGGACGGGCCUUGAAGGAGAUCGCUCGUCUCAAGCAAAAAGAACAAACAACAGCCAGGGACCAGUUACGUAAACAACAACAAGAGUUAGAACACAUGCGUCUCCGUUACCUAGCAACAGAGGAACAGGAAGUGGUUAAAUCAGAGCGAAAACAUCUAGAGGAAAUAAAGGAAGAGAUGAAUAAGUUAAAAAGCAUGAGUGAACAACAACAACAACAAUUAAAACAACAACAACAACAACAAGAUCCCCAAAAACUCAGUGACAAAGCGUCUAUAUCGACAUCUAUGCAGCCGAUGGAUCAAAACAACCAAUCGGUGGAUGAUCAUAUCACGCGAUUGAUCGAGGAAAGAGACACAUUGUUACGUACUGGUGUUUAUUCAACUGAAGAUCGUAUAAUUGCAGAACUUGACAGACAAAUAAGGGAAACUAUAGCCAGGAAGGAUCGGUGA